UCUCUCUCUCUCUCUCACACUAGAUUUGCUUAGAUUUCACCAUCUUGUGGCCCUUCCUAUUUAGAGAUUGACUGCAAAUAUUUUAUUUUAGCUUCUCUUUUUCUUUUUCUUGUCUGUUUGUGCAGAGAUGGAAAAAGAAAAACCAACAAAUCAAAUUGAACGCGUAUUUCUCUUUCCCCCCACCCAGAAACCCUAGCUAUUAGCUUUCUCUCUCCGCGUUUUUUUUUUCUUCACGUGUUUUAGAUAUUUGCUGUUGCGCCCGGAUUGAUAUGGAUGGGAAGAAGAAGGCCGAGGAUCCCGAGUUCACGACCGAGUCGAGCUGGGGACUCGGCGGCGACGUGAACCACGGCUAUUUCUUCGGGAGUGGUACUGAUGAUUAUAGGGAGAGCAGCGUGCUUACCGAUUUCGGAUGGAAUAUUCCGUCCGAAUCUAACGGCGUUUGGGGAUCCGAUUUGGCAGGAAGCGGCGCCGAUGGUUGUGUUUCUGUGGCUACGUCGGGGAUCAGUACUGCGCCGCCGCCUCAGCCGAUGGCGUUGGUGGAUCAGGAGAACAAUACUUUUGCGUCGAAUCCGUCCGUGUCGUCGAGCUCCUCCGAGGAUCUGGGGGAUAAGUCGACGGCCUCCGGUGGCUCAUCCUCCGCCGCCGCCGUAAAUCCGACGCCGUCGUCGGACACAGCGAGCAAGGCUAAAAAGAAAGGAGAAAAGCGACUUCGACAGCCACGUUUUGCUUUCGUGACUAAGAGCGAAAUUGAUCAUCUUGAAGAUGGCUACCGAUGGCGAAAAUAUGGCCAGAAAGCUGUCAAAAACAGCCCUUUUCCCAGGAGCUAUUAUCGUUGUACAAACAGCAAAUGCACGGUGAAAAAGAGAGUCGAAAGAUCGUCUGAAGAUCCGACGGUUGUGAUCACUACAUACGAAGGGCAGCACAGUCACCACUCAUCAUCAUCAUCAUCCGUUGGAUUUCCUUGCAGAUCAGGCGGCGGCGGUCUUCUUCCUCAGCUGCAGCUGGAACCCGAUUCAACAUUUUCAAGAAACGCUUCUUCCAACAAUAUUAAUAAUUCACACGAUUUUAGCUAUUACCCAAGGCCGCCGCUUCAAUUAACUACUCAAGAAAAUUGUGAUUCUAUUAUUAAUAAUAAGGAAUUACCACCAAGUAAAAAUCAAUUAGGCAAAGAUGGAGAGUUAUCUCACCAAGGAAAAGAAACAACUUCACAAGGACUCCUUGGAGAUAUUGUGCCCCCUCGAAUGCGACAUUGAUCAUAGUACGAGCUUUUCCUGGAUCCGAAUUCCAACGGCUGGAUUUUCAUUUUUAUGCUUUGGGAAUAGAAUGAACUGAUGUAUCAGUUUUGUAUAUGAAUGUAUAAUUCUUAAUUCAUUCAUAAGUGAGGAUUUAGUUAUGUUUAGUUGCAAGGGUAGUUUUGUAAUAACCUUUUGACAAUUGGGCCUUUGUAAUGUUGGUAUGGGCUUUCCACUAUUCCCAUUUCAACGACCCAAAUUAUAAUACUACCAAAUUGGUUUAUAUA